UUAAGAUAAAAAUAAUAAUAAUAAUAAAUAAUAAUAAAUAAAAGAUAUAUAGGCUAUACAUAUCCUAAAUAUAUACAGAACCUAAGUAUUUUUUUAUAUAAAAAUGUUUAUCAAAUGUAAUACAUAUUUUUAUUGAUAUUUAUUAUUAAUUUACCUCAUUUGGCCGAUAUACUUUGGAAUAUUUUAAUAAAAUUCUCAAAACAUAUAACUUUGAACAUUUCAGCUCUUGAAUCAGAGUGCUUUUGUUUUCCAGUAGGAUCUGUUGCUGGUUAUUAAAAUAUGUUAUAGGUCUGUAUGGAUAAAUUACUAAAGAAAUAAGCUCGAAGAAGUCAAGUUUUACAUUGAAUUUAUAACAGACGCGACGCGAAGCGGUAAGUUUGUGCAAAUGUCUCGGCGGUCUACUUUGCAGUGUUCUUAACUUUUUAAAUUAUGUUGCAUAAAGUCAGUCCGAACCAAAUACAGUCAACCCUUAGCAUACAUACAUGGCGAAACUUGAACCGUUUCGAAAAACGUUCGGUAUUAAAUUAUAAAUGACAGGUCUCAGUAAAAGUGAAUUGCUAGCGUUUAGAAGAAAAAAAAAAUCAUAACAGUCGUUAAAAAACACUUUUUAAAUAAUAACUGUUAAAUAACUCCCACCCCUAUAACAAGAGAAUGGUUUCGUCCAGGAAGCUCGUUCUGUGUCUAGGGAAGUGAAUCUACGCUUCUGAGUGACUGCGCUUCAUCUACAACUAAAUUCUGAUUAUUCUUGAAAAAAAUCCUCUAAUCUGAGUCAAUUUAUUCUUUAACUAAUGCAGUCGCUCAGUAAAAGCGGGUGAUUUUUGAAUGAGUGGACCAGAGAGACUGUUAUCCUCAAUAAGAGCAGCUCUCGGUUAUUCUUUAGGCACUUUACCCUCAGAACAGCGUUCAGCUGACAUGUGGGAAUGGCAGAUUUUGAGUCUCACAGGCUUCAUCUCUCUAGUUAUUCUUCUCGUAGCUGUAUGUUAUAUCCUGUACUCUGGCCUGGCCACUGAAAUCCACACCAGGACUGGUUUUCCCCCGGUCAGGAGCAUCACUAUAGCCUAUAAAUACAGAGUGGGACCUUAUAAAGACUGUGGGUCUCUGUUCAGAGAGAGCUGCAGCAUUGGACCCACGCUGCCACGCAUUGGGAUCUUUUAUGAUGAUCCAAAGAAGGUUCCAGCACAGAAGUGUCGCUAUGCGGUGGGCAGUAUUUUGAGUGAAAGUGAAGAUGCACCCAGUGAGGAUCAGCAGCAGCUGUAUGAGAAGCUCGGCUUCCGGGUUUUUUCUUUCCCAGAGGUCACACAUGUCGUCACAGCAUCCUUUCCUCACCGAACCCCUCUCUCUAUUUUCCUGGGGGUGCGGAGGGUUUAUCCACAGCUGAACUGCUACAUCAAGGAAAGGAAGUUGUGCGCACAUCCAUUUCUAGAGAUCUACAAAGGGGGAAUGAUCCACUAUAUGGCUCCGCUGGCUCGGCAGGGUGAUUUCUAUGUUCCCGAAGUAAGAGAGGCCCAAAGAUGGUUAUUGGGAAAAGAGUCUGAAGAGGACCGGAGGACAGACAUCACAGGUGAUGACUCCCACAGCGAGUGCAGUUCUGUGAGCCGUCUGCCCCCCUCGGAAAGCAGAGACACCUCACCUGCCCCGUCCACCACACGGACGCACUCACACAGAGACAGAGACCGAUCCUGGGACCUCGACCAUGUGGAGAGCAGCGACACCUCCAGCGUUUCUUCCUUCGAGGAGCUGGACCUCGACUCAGACAGGACGGACAGGUGUGAGCACACCCCUCCACCAAUCACAGGAAGCGGCAAAAACAACCUGCAGGGCCAAGACAGAGAGAUGCUGGUCGAGGAAGAGUGAGAGAACACAACUGUGGGAAAUGUGAAGGAAGUGAAUAUAGUUUUCAGUUGGUUUUAAAGAGAUAGUUCACCAAAAAAUGUGAUAUGUCAUUGUGUUUUUUGUGCAGAAAACCAGAUCACUUUUUGCACAAUCAUAACAUACUCUUGCCAACUUUCAAACUCCAAAAAGUGUUCAUAAAAAUGGUUCACUUGUUUGUUCUAUGCUAUGAUGUGAAAUUAUUUUCCUUUUUGCUUUUUAGUUUUCCAUUUAGUUUUAAUAACUUUUAAUAGUUUCAAUUUACAAAAGCAACACUGAUUAAAGUCUUCUGAAGCUAUUUGAUAGGUUUCAAAAGUUCAUGGUACAUUCUAACAAAUAUUCUGUUGCUACAUACACUACAGUAAAUGUUUUGUUUGGGUAAAAGCCAUAAAGUUUCAGACUUGAGUAAAUAUGAAAAAGAAGGGUCAGAGUUUAGUAAAUUAUGUUGUUUAUCAAUGAAUAAACACUUUAUUUUACUCUGUUUCUCAUAAAACUAUGGUAUGGCUUGGAUGGGAUUUCAAACCAUUUCUUUAACGGUUCAUAUAUUCCCAAUUUUGUCAUCUACAGAAAAAAAAAUAGGGUGAGGAAAUAAUGACAGUUUUCAUUUUAAGGUGAACUAUCCCUUUAAGUAUUAUGGUGGGUCUGUGUGAAAAACAUGAGUUUGUUUUCUAUUGAUAAAUAGAAUGUCUUUUAGUCAGGAUUGUUUUCCAUUCCAAAUCAAAUCGCAGAAACAGAAUUUUGUCUGUAAAACUGAACCAGGUAACCUGAAUUUCUUGAAAACAUCUUCAUAUUUUAUUUAGUGCAUCCUCAUUAGUAUUUCAUUAGCAAUUCUGUUGUUUGUUAUUGAUGGUUAGUUCCUCAAGUUAAACUGACAUUGAUGUUAGUGAUUAUUCAUGUGAAUCUAUGUAAUGUUCCGCUUUUAAUUAUUUGAGUCUAAUUUGUUAUUCUCUAUCCACACAUUCUGUCUUCAUUACUCAGUAAUUGCUAAUUUGCGCCCAGAGAAACUCCCAAAACUGAAGAAUUAUGUGACUUGAAUAUUCAUUCAUCAAAAGCCAUAUGUUCAUAGACAAACCAAAUCUUUAUUUGCACCAGAAACUGACAGAUAAGAUUUCCUCAGGAGGGAGAUGAUUGCAGCACAUUUCCAACACUUAUUUAUUUGUUGUUUGCAAUUAAAUGUGUUUGGAGCACAUAAUUAACUGAUCAUAUUUUAUCAUAUAAAUGGUAUUGCAUAUACUUGAUUUCCCUUUAAUAAUACAAUUUACACUUGUUCAGUGUGGUGUUUUUUUUGUUUCAUAAUUUAGUGGUAUUUGAUAUACACUGUACGUUGAGGUAUUACUCACUAUAGACUUUAUAAAAAAUUUUGUAAAAAAAGAAAAAGAAAAAUAUUUUUAACAAUAAUAAAAACAGUUACAGGGCCAGCUGUGGGCUUCUGUUGGUGUCUUGAAAGUUUGAAAAUGUUUCCAUUUUGAUCCAGAUUUUGCAAGUUCACACGCAUUUCAGGAUAUAUUUCAUAUUCUUGUGUUUAGAGAAAGUUCAUAAUAUUUCAUAUCCAUGUCUGAUUUGAAUUUUUAAUGAAUUAUUUGUUCUGCUAGUUGUUGAGCAACUUAAUAAAAAGUUUUAUGGGAAAGGACUGGUUCUAAUAAUAAUUUUGUUCAUGUAUUAAUGUUAUUUUUGCUCAUACUCCCAGUGUUAUUUUGAUAUUAUUUAUAUACUAUUAGUAUUUAUCAAUCUUAUUAAUUGGCUUAAUUAUUUUAACUUUAUUACUCAUAAUUAUAUUUUCAGUAAUUUAAAUUUUACUAAUUUUAUGUGCUUCUAUCAUUAUAUUUUUUUCAAUAUUUAUACUUAGCUUUAAAUUAUUAUUUUUUUAUUUUAACUUUAGUUCUUCUGUAUUAGUUAAUAUUUAUAAUAUAUUACAAACAGUAAUAUUUUAUUUCAGUAAAAGAAAAUCAUUUUAAUAGUUUUAUCGGUUGUUGCCUGUAGGCCUAUGCCUAUAAAGGGUUUUAUAUAAGCCUUAUUUACAUAAUAUUUUCAUUUUCACAUACACAUUUGUCUCGAGUUAAAAAGAAAACAACACAUCUGUCAAACAGAAUUAGUUGUUUAUUUGUCUUGUUGUGACUUGUCGCUAAAAAUCUACCAGUUCCAAUAAACUUCAAAACUUU